GGUGCCGGAAAAGAAGUUUGAAAUGCAGUCCUUGAUAGUCUUCGUUGUAUUACUUGCUGUUUUCCAUGGCUCGCUUUCAACACAAAGUAAGUCUGAUGAGCUACGCGGUAUUGUCAGACAAUUAGAGGGACUGGUAGCCAGGGAAUGGAAAGGAAAACCACGCCCAACAAGUAUCCCAUCUGAACCACGUGGGCCCACUGACAAAGGCAGUGAUCCGUCUUCCAGAAAAUAUGACAGGAUGAUCAAAAUGUUUUUUAAACUUCUAAAACCAUACUUUGGUACCUUUCCAAGCGGAAAUUACACUUCGGAUAUGCCAGUUGACAAAAUCGUGGAAAUGAUGAAUGAAUGGUACAAGAACAUGCCCUCAAAAACAUCCGAUCCAAAGGCAUUCAGAAAAUGGGCUUUCUUCAACAUGGCUAGAGUUCUCUUGCGCGCCCAUUUCCAAUGCGCAACGGCAAAGAUCAAUCAAAUAAUAUUUUACGUAUUGAAGGCCCAAGAGCGUGCAAUGACUGCGAACGACAAGAGCAUGUACGAAAGUAUAAGAACUAUUCUGGAAAACUGGAUAAAUGGUACAGAAAUGCUGGACAGAGCCACCAGGAGGAUUGUGGGAGCAGCACAUAGGCAUGUUUUUGGAGAAAUUAUGAGUCACAUCAAAUAUUUCCAGUUUAAAGAUACCAUAGAUUUUUUCCAAAAAGUGAAACCCUUCAUCAAAAGAGCUAUAAGGGAGAAGUGGACCGUUUUCAAGUUUGAUGAAAAAUUGAGAGAGCUGUUGUCUAAUUUCGAUUUUGGAUGUCCGGGCCUGGACGACUUUUUGGAAUUCCAUCGCAAACUCGCUGUCUCUUUCAAACAAAGGUUCUCGGAGGACACGCAUUUCAAAGAGGCUGAGAGAUGGCUAACAGCCAACCUUCCAAGGUACAUAAAUACAGACCCUGCCCCUGUACUUCCGGAUAUCCUCCAAGUCUACACCGGAUAUGUUAAUGCGGCUGUCCGGAAUUUUGAGCAGGUGGAGGUCCAUAUGACUACCGGAAACACGGACGACAUCGCAAACUUCAUGUCUACUUUCCUUACACCAGAUCAACUUGAAUAUCUUAAGGCCAUCUUUGAAUUCCUGAAAGCUACGGGUACUGACAGUGGAGACACGGACUCUUCAAACAACAUGGACGUCUCGUCUUAUUCAGUGGAUGAAGAUUAAUUAACUUAAUACAAUGGACAAUAAACUUUUUUGGGCGUGACUGGUGAACUGGUGACUAUUCACCCUGUGAAAAUGGAACUGUUUCGUCCCAGUGUGUGGACUAGUGAGAAGCUUUGGCUUUUGUUCUGUUUAUGUAUCUGUUUAAACAAUAAAACUUGAAUGAAA